AGCAUAGGCAAUAGGCAUAGGGAUAGUAGAGAAAGUAGACACAAGUCCCUUUCAUUCACUUUUCUCAGCUAUAAAUAUCAACAUAACACUAAACCAACACCUUUGUGAACCUCUCUACCCAUCACCACCUCGCUCACUCCGCCCCAAUUAUUACAAAAACCCUUUUCUUCUUCCUCCCUCUUCAAAUCCACAGGAGGGUUCAUCUUGCAUCAGAUAUAUCUUCAUCUGUACAAAUAUGUCAACCAUGUCGGCAACUGCAAGAAUCCCCUCACAUUGCAUGAUCAAAACUGCCCCUCAGAACCAACUCGCCACUGCCAUUGUCAAAUCUCCAUUUGCCCUAGGCUCUGUCAAGAACAUCUCCAAGUCUUUCGGGUUAAAAGCAUCAUCUACCUCGUUCAAAUCAUCAAUGGCAGUGUACAAGAUUAAGCUAAUCGACCCAGAUGGCAAUGUGAACGAGUUCGAGGCUCCAGAUGACAGCUACGUACUAGAUGCUGCUGAGACUGCAGGGAUCGAUCUUCCAUACUCGUGCAGAGCAGGGGCUUGCUCUACCUGUGCAGGGAAGAUCGAAUCAGGCAGUGUCGAUCAGUCUGAUGGUGCAUUUCUCGAUGAUAAACAAUUGGGUGAAGGGUUUUUGCUGACAUGUGUUUCGUACCCUACUUCGGAUUGUGUGAUUCACACCCACAAAGAACAUGAUCUUUACUGAUGAACCGAAAAUGUAUAAUCUGGUAUUGGAUUAGGGUACUGAUGAUGAUGAGUUUCGGGUAUUUGAACACCUUCCUUUUGGAAUUGUUAUGUUUAGUUUUUCUGUUUGUUGUGGAAAAGGCCAUCUAAACUGAAUAAUAAUAAUAAUAGGAAUGUUUUCUCUGCA